UCAAGUAAGAGCACCUUGCUGUUUUCGUAAUGCCAGAAGCUCGGCAUAUUUACCCAAAGUCUGACACUGUAUGAUUACACUCAAUCGCCCUGGAAAAUGGCAUACAGAUAUGUUUCAAUUGCCAGGAAGGGGCAAAGAAUUCUUCAAAGACUUGUGACCUCUAAUUGUUCAUUUCAAGAAAUGCAAAGGAAUCUUCAUUUAUUCACACGGUUAGCUAGUCAUCAACAUAUAGGUCCCUUACUGCGUGAAUGGUCUGUAUUUCGUCAGAAUGUGCCAAAAGGAUUUGAGAAAUACUUUCCAGGAGGCAAGAAAGCAGCAGGGAAAGAACAGCCGACCAAACCUAAAGAGCCAGUCAAACCUUCAGAACCCCCUCCUCCCAAAUCUGGGUUUUCACAGCGACCGUCACAAGGAUCAGAAAAAAGAGUAGAGUUUUCUUUUCAAAUUGGAAAGGGGAGGAGCCCGUUUGGUGACCCCAAUGACCCCAACACCAGACUGCUGAUUGGCCUCAUCACUGGUGUCAGUAUUGUAGGACUGAUUGGACUGUACCAGACGCAGUAUAAGGAGAUCACGUGGAAGGAGUUUGUCUCCAACUACCUCUCAAGGGGAAGUGUUGAAAAGUUAGAAGUAGUCAAUAAGAAGUGGGUGAGGAUCAAGCUGAUUCCGGGCACACAAGUAGAUGGAUCGAGUAUGAUAUGGUUCAACAUAGGCAGUGUUGAAGCCUUUGAAAGGAACCUGGAGAAUGCACAGCUAGAAAUGAAUAUUGAACCAUCCAACUUUGUCAAUGUUGUUUAUAAAACAGAAACAGAAAUAGCAUCCGUUGCAUAUUCUGCACUGAACAUCAUUCUCCCCAUCGCCAUUUUAAUAUGGCUCAUAAGACGUUCAUCAAACAUGUUUCAGGGUGGUCAGGGUGGGACUCGAAGAGGAGGAGGGGGGAUAUUUGGCUUUGGUCAGACAACAGCUAAAAUCAUGAAAGAAGACAUUGGUGUCAAAUUCAAGGAUGUAGCUGGUUGUGAAGAGGCCAAGGUGGAGAUAAUGGAGUUUGUCAAUUUCCUCAAGAAUCCUCAGCAGUACAUUGACCUUGGAGCCAAGAUCCCUAAGGGAGCCAUACUGAGGCCCCCAGGUACAGGCAAGACCCUCCUAGCCAAGGCUACAGCAGGGGAGGCCAAUGUGCCUUUCAUCACCGUGUCAGGAUCAGAGUUCCUCGAGAUGUUCGUUGGCGUUGGUCCCUCCAGGGUGCGAGACAUGUUUUCCAUGGCCAGGAAGAAUGCUCCAUGUAUUCUGUUUAUUGUGAGAUUGGCUGUGGGCCGAGGCGAGGGGUCGCAGCAGUAUGGUGGGCACAGUGAGCAGGAAAAUACACUCAACCAACUCCUGGUGGAGAUGGAUGGUUUCAACACACAAAGUGGUGUCGUUGUGUUAGCGGCGACAAACAGAGUAGAUAUUCUAGAUGGUGCACUCUUACGGCCUGGCAGAUUUGAUAGGCAGAUCUUUGUACCGGCUCCAGACAUCAAAGGGAGAGCAUCAAUUUUUAAAGUGCAUUUAAAACCCCUGAAGACACUGGUAGACAAGGAAGAACUUGCCCGGAAAAUGGCAGCAUUGACACCAGGGUUUUCAGGUGCUGACAUAGCAAAUGUUUGUAACGAGGCAGCCUUGAUAGCAGCAAGAGAUCUGAACACUGAAAUCAACAUAAUGCAUUUCGAGCAGGCCAUUGAGAGAGUUGUGGCAGGUUUGGAGAAGAAGACCCAGGUUCUACAGCCGGAAGAGAAGAAGACUGUGGCGUACCACGAGGCAGGUCAUGCAGUAGCUGGGUGGUACCUGGAGCAUGCUGACCCCCUCCUUAAAGUGUCCAUCAUCCCCCGCGGCAAGGGACUCGGCUAUGCACAGUAUCUUCCCAAGGAACAAUACUUGUACACUAAAGAACAGCUGCUGGACAGAAUGUGCAUGACCCUUGGUGGCCGAGUUUCGGAACAUAUCUUCUUCAACAGGAUCACAACAGGUGCCCAGGAUGACUUGAGGAAGGUCACACAGAAUGCAUAUGCACAGGUGGUCCAGUUCGGUAUGAACGAGAAGGUCGGUCAGUUGUCCUUCCAGAUGCCCAACCAGGGAGAGAUGGUGUUUGACAAGCCUUACAGUGAACAGACAGCUCAGAUCAUUGAUGAAGAAGUCCGAAACAUCGUACAGGAUGCUUACAAGCGGACGCUAGAAUUGCUGACAAAGCACAAAGCAGAAGUAGAGAAGGUUGCUCUUCGGCUUCUUGCCAAAGAAAAAUUGGACAAAGAUGAUAUGGUGGAACUGCUUGGAGCUCGUCCAUUUGCUGAGAAGUCAACAUAUGAAGAGUUUGUGGAGGGAACAGGGUCAUUUGAAGAGGACACAGCGUUGCCCAAAGGUCUAGAGAGCUGGAACAAAGAACGUGACAAUAAAGACUCUGAGACCCCCGAUAAACCAGAGAAGGCCGCCAGCUAGCCAGGUGGAUCUCCUGGAGUUGUCUACCUUGGUUAGAGACAUCCUGUCACAGCUGAACCCACUGACGGGUCCCUGUCUUGUAUAAAUUGAAACGUGACCGUGAUCCCGUACAAGACUUACCAUAUGAAGUGUUGAAGACUUCUGAAAUCAUUCUGCAAGUUUGUGCCGCAUAAGCUGGCUUUGAUUUUCAAAGCCUGUGUCUUAGUUGUCAUGUAUAUUUGUUACCAUGGUUACAGACAAGUCAUCAGAUGGUAGUCACUUUUCAGGAAUUGUAGAUUUAAUGAUUUUAUUUUUUCCACUGUCUUUGCAGUCAACUGAGGUGGUAGUCCAUUUGGGCAUAAACUAAAAUGGCAUCUACCUUCUCACAGAAACUCAUACAGCACAUAUUAAAAAAUAUUUGAUAAAAAUAUAUCGGAUUUGAAAAAAUAAUCUUUGAUGUCACUGUUCAGACAAUCUUAACCAUAAGAAAUCAGAAUAUAUGUACUGUGAACAACAAUAAAGAACAAAACAUGGAUUUACUUCUACAAUAACAAGAAAAACAUCAUUUUACCUCAGAUUUUACUCAUAAGUAGCAGGGUGCCAUUAUACAAAACAACCUUAGAGCUAAGGUAAUCAAAAGUCACAUACCUCUACAGAGACUUACGAUAGACUUAGCACAAUCGUAAGUCUAAGGUUGUUUUGUGCCGAUUAGACUUGGCACAACCUUAAGUCUAAGGUUGUUUUGUACAUCGGACCAGGAAAAUGUUUAUGGCUGGAGAAAGUGUGUUAUGGAAAGACACUUAUUAUUUGGCUGCUUUCUUUCUGAAAUGUGUUUUUUCAUAUGUCUUGAAGCAGUGACCAAAGGAAUAUUCUGUCUCUGUCAGAAAUAAGAGUUCCCCAAGAAUACUAAGUGAAUGGGCGGGACUACCACAGCUGUUGUCUAAAACAACAGAUUUCACAUCAGGUUUUGAAAACAUUCACGAUAUAAGAUAAGAUCAGAUCAGAUAUGUGAUUUAAAUAAAAUUUGAGACGAUUACAUGACAACGACACUGUGCGACUACAGGGCAAUAUUUACCACCUGAUUAUGCAGCUGAAGUGCUGGUGGAUGAGUCUGAGUGCCUCUGCCUGAUGGAGAAAGUUGUGUAAAUGUGUGACGUAUGGCUGUUGUUAGAACUACCCUGUGCUACUGGGUGGGUGCUCCACCCUCCUAUCAUGUUGAAGUGAUUAAUGUGAUGUAUUUAAUAAAAACAAAAGAUAUACAUUGUU